GGCUAUAACACCCAGUGUCUUAGGCUAUAACACCCAGUGUCUCCGGCUAUAACACCCAGUGUCUUAGGCUAUAACACCCAGUGUCUCAGGCUAUAACACCCAGACGGUGUAGGAAUAGAGACAGCUGCAUUAUGUAAACAAGCAAUACCCUAUAGGCGGUAUAUAAAACAUCCCACCUAAUGACCAAGCAAUGACGUCGCUAUUGAUCAGUUGUUGAAGUUGUCACACUGAAAUUAAAAAAACAAAAAAAAAACAAAAACAUGCACUUACCUGUAUAAAGCGAAACUAAUCCAAUGGUUUGCUAGAUAACCUAUUAAAAGAGUGUGUACGAUUUGGGAUAUCAAAACCCACACAGCACAAUUCAAUUAUUGAUGAUUGCGAUUUAGAAAAAAAAAAUCCACUUAACCUUUGUAAAGCGCAACCUGGUCCAAUUAUCUUACGACAACAUGUUUGUUACAACCUAAGUAUCCACUUUGUGUCCAAGGGUAUAAAGUCUCAUUGUCAAGUUAAGACAGAUUCCUUUCAGUUUCACUGUAACGACUCUGUGGAAAAUGUAGCAUUAUCUCAUUACGUUUUAUGUCAAAAAAUGACCAACGACUGUACGCCGUAGGGUUAGACGUAUAUCCUGUUAAAAUGUUGAACCUUCACAUUGAAAAAUUAACAACCGAUCUGGAUGCAACUCGUCUUUUCAAUCACAACAACAAAAAAGGCUGUGGAAAACAAGUCACUUCCGGUGUGGUAUACAACUAAAUCACGUGAACAUGCUCACCGACAUUUGUAAUACUGAUAGUGUUCAAAUGGCCUUCACCUCACAUUGUUAGCGAGCUAUGGCAGUUAUUUUUUUAAGUGACAACGUGUACUUGAAUCUUUUUUAUAUCAUAAAAUAGAAAUGUAUUGACUGGAAAAACGAUUGAAAGCUGAUUGAAACUUCAAACUCUCCCCGGCCUGAACAAAAGGUCGUUAAAACGAUUUCGGAAUUCGACACUUCAAAACAGCUUGUUCCUCGCGCUCCACAGAUUGCCUUUUCUCAGGUUACGGACAAUCGCCAAAUAGCAAUCCCGAGCAGUGUCUCCCCUUCUUAUAUAGUAUAAAAUCAAGAGUGGUUAAUGUUGAUGUGGUGUAUGAAUUCAACGCUGGUUAUGUUGAUGUGGUGUAUGAAAUCAACACUGGUUUUGUUGAUGUGGUGUAUGAAAUCAACGUUGAUUUUGUUGAUAUGGUGUAUGAAAUCAACGCUGGUUAUGUUGAUGUGGUGUAUGAAAUCAACGCUGGUUAUGUUGAUGUGGUGUAUGAAAUCAACGCUGGUUUUGUUGAUGUGGUGUAUGAAAUCAACGCUGGUUUUGUUGAUGUGGUGUAUGAAAUCAACACUGGUUUUGUUGAUGUGGUGUAUGAAAUCAACACUGGUUAUGUUGAUGUGGUGUAUGCAUUCAACGCUGGUUAUGUUGAUGUGAUGUAUGAAAUCAACGCUGGUUUUGUUGAUGUGGUGUAUGAAAUCAACGCUGGUUUUGUUGAUGUGGUGUAUGAAAUCAACACUGGUUUUGUUGAUGUGGUGUAUGAAAUCAACACUGGUUAUGUUGAUGUGGUGUAUGCAUUCAACGCUGGUUAUGUUGAUGUGAUGUAUGAAAUCAACGCUGGCUAUGUUGAUGUGGUGUAUGAAAUCAACGCUGGUUAUGUUGAUGUGGUGUAUGAAAUCAACACUGGUUAUGUUGAUGUGGUGUAUGAAAUCAACACUGGUUUUGUUGAUGUGGUGUAUGAAAUCAAAACUGGUUUUGUUGAUGUGGUGUAUGAAAUCAACGCUGGUUAUGUUGACGUGGUGUAUGAAAUCAACACUGGUUUUGUUGAUGUGGUGUAUGAAAUCAACGUUGAUUUUGUUAAUAUGGUGUAUGAAAUCAACACUGGUUAUGUUGAUGUGGUGUAUGAAAUCAACACUGGUUAUGUUGAUGUGAUGUAUGAAAUCAACACUGGUUAUGUUGAUGUGGUGUAUGAAAUCAACGUUGAUUUUGUUAAUAUGGUGUAUGAAAUCAACACUGGUUAUGUUGAUGUGGUGUAUGAAAUCAACACUGGUUAUGUUGAUGUGAUGUAUGAAAUCAACACUGGUUAUGUUGAUGUGGUGUAUGAAAUCAACGCUGGUUUUGUUGAUGUGAUGUAUGAAAUCAACACUGGUUAUGUUGAUGUGGUGUAUGAAAUCAACGCUGCUUUUGUUGAUGUGAUGUAUGAAAUCAACACUGGUUAUGUUGAUGUGGUGUAUGAAAUCAACGCUGGUUUUGUUGAUGUGAUGUAUGAAAUCAACACUGGUUUUGUUGAUGUGGUGUAUGAAAUCAACGCUGGUUAUGUUGAUGUGUUGUAUGAAAUCAACGCUGGUUAUGUUGAUGUGGUGUAUGAAAUCAACGCUGGUUUUGUUGAUGUGGUGUAUGAAAUCAACACUGGUUUUGUUGAUGUGGUGUAUGAAAUCAACGCUGGUUAUGUUGAUGUGUUGUAUGAAAUCAACGCUGGUUAUGUUGAUGUGGUGUAUGAAAUCAACGCUGGUUUUGUUGAUGUGGUGUAUGAAAUCAACACUGGUUACGUUGAUGUGGUUUAUGAAAUCAACGCUGGUUAUGUUGAUGUGGUGUAUGAAAUCAACGCUGAUUUUGUUGAUGUGUAUGAAAUCAACGUUGAUUUUGUUGAUAUGGUGUAUGAAAUCAACGCUGGUUUUGUUAAUAUAAUGUAAGAGAUCAACUGUGGAUAUGUUUAUGUUGUGUAUGAAAUUAUUGCUGGUUAUAUUGCGUUGGUGUAUGAUUCAACGCUGGUUAUGUUGAUGUUGUUUUAGGGUAACGAAUAGUAGUUAUGUAAGUAGAUUUUGUUUUGUCAUAACCCUUAUCGCAUUCUUUUCCUUACUUAUUGAUGACAUCAUUCAGGCGAAUGCUGAACCUUACAUAUGUGUACAUUGGGGUGUGCAAAUGAACGAAACUGUAAUCAAAUAAACAGAGAUGAUUUUAAUGAUGGAGUAAAUAGUUUCCAGUCCAAUUCGUUAUGCUUCAAUAAUCAAUUGGCUGUCUGAUAUUUGUGUCGGAGUAUAGUGAGUAUAUGUAUUGUUCACUGGAAUUAUUAAGUUGAAAUUUACUCUAUAUUCCAUUUGCAGCGCCAUUUUAUUUUGGAUACGUAGGUUUUAGAGCCACUUAAACCCCCGACUGUAUUAUGAAUAUCGGUGAUAUUAGUACUUAUAGUAACCUAUCUUAGUGGCAUAAUAUUAUGAAUAAAAGAUACAAAACGAA